AUGGGGGCGGAUCAUGCCAGCAUCAUUUCAGGUGAUGUGCCCGGAGCAACGCUUCAUGUCGUUUGCGACGCCUCGAAAGACACGGCAAUUCGCAUCGCGGACGCGUAUUCGGCCAAGGACGUCAGCACGGACCCUCUAGACACGAUCAGGCGCAAAGAUGUCGAUGCGGUGCUGAUCGCCAGUCCCGACCCCACGCAUGCGGAGCUGACACUUGCAUCCCUUCAUCAGCGCAAGCCCGUGCUUUGCGAAAAACCACUGGCACAGACUAUGGAUGAGGCUCUGAUGGUUCUCGAGGCUGAAUGCGCACUUGGUCAACAGCUGGUGCAUGUCGGCUUUAUGCGCCGUUUCGAUCCAUCAUAUGUCGAAAUGAAGUCGGCAAUGCAUGCGGGCCGGAUCGGGGCUGCGGUCAUGAUGCACAACUUUCAUCGAAACGUUGCCGCACCGCCAAAUUUCAGUGGACUGAUGGCGGUUACAAAUUCCGCGCCGCAUGAGUUCGACAUCAUCAGAUAUGUUCUGGCCACGAAUGUUGCGGCAAUUUCGGCCUUUGAACCGGCGCUUGACACAGAUAGUGUCUGCAAGCCGGUUGUCAUGAUCAUCGAAACAACAUGCGGUCAGCUCGUUACCGUCGAGGUAAACAACAAUGCAGGCUACGGUUAUGACGUCAGGUGCGAGCUCGUAGGCACCGAGGGCUCCGUAUCGCUUCAGACCCAAUUUCAGACACGCAUCGACCAGAACCUGUCGGCCGGAACGGUUUACGCCGCAGAUUGGCGCCCUCGAUUUCGCGAGGCCUAUCGGCUGCAGAACAAGGCCUGGAUUGCCUCGGUCAGUUCCGGUCAGCCUGUGGCCCAGGCUGCCGAUGCCUGGGAUGGCUAUUGCGCAACCGUGAUUGCAGAGGCCGGAGCAAGUGCUCUCACUUCAGGCAACAAGGCCGCAGUCAAGCUGGUCGAGCGGCCGGCACUGUACGCCAAAACGGGAGACGCGGCAUGA